AUGUUGCCAAAGAAAACAUAUGUUCACAGUGAAGAAAAAUCUGCUCCUGGUAGAAAAUUGUCAAAGAAGAGAUUGACAUUUUUAGUGUGUGUAAAUGCUGCUGGAACUAAAAAAAUUUAACUUUUUAUAAUAGGAAAGGCUAAAAAACCGAGAUCUUUUCGGAACAGAAUUCUUCCUAUUGAGUACGAAAACUCUAAAUCUGCUUGGAUGAAUUCAGCUCUGUUCAAAAAAUGGUAUUUUGAUAAAUUUAUUCCAGAAGUAGAGACAUUUUUAAGAGAAAAGAAACUGCCAAUUAAAGCUCUUCUAAUAUUAGAUAACGCUCCAAGUCAUCCACCGGCAGAUGAACUGGUUCAUGAUACUAAAGAUGGACAGAUUUGGGUAAUGUAUAUGCCCCCCAAUGUAACUCCACUAAUACAGCCCAUGGACCAGAAUGCAAUUAGGCUCUUAAAACUGCAUUAUCGUAACAGUUUACUGUCAAAAAUUGUAUCUUCCAACGAAAAUUUAGAAACGUCCCUCAAACAAACCACUUUAUUUGAAGCCGUUUCAUUGGUUGCCUUAGCCUGGGAAAAAGUAUCCAAUGACUCCAUAAAGAAAUGUUGGAAACAAAUUUUGGGCGAUGACAAUUUUGAGGACGAGGAUGAUAUUCCAGUGCGUGACAUGAUCAGUAGUGCGUGA